AUGCCGAUAGCUACUCUUCCACGGGGAGGUUUUGAGAUGAAAGACACAAACGAGAAACAUCAGCUCGGAGAAUUCCAAUCAAUGUCAAAUGGAGAAGUGCACAAGGCACAGCACAAAGAACCAUUGUUGGAUAGAUUGACCACAUUCACCGACCCCUCAAAUUCUUCUUCGAAAGAUCCAUCCAAAGAUGCUUCUCCUGACGAUUCCUCAGAACGAAAAGCGGAAUCGAUUAAGACAGAUGGGAAAAGCACGAUAGGACCGAAGGAAGGCAAUAACAAUGACCUCGAAGCUAAGGUCGCAACAACGCAAAGAGUAGCACUAAGCGACUUAUGCAAUCCCGUCGACGUGAGUACUGCAUCUCAGGCGUCAGAUUCAGCAAAGACGAAGGCGUUAAGCUGCUUUCUCCCUGCAAAGGAAACGAUUGAUUACCGAUCGGCAUUAACAUCUAGUGAAGCGGGAAAACUAGAUUAUGAGGAAAUUCGGAAGAAGGAGGAAUUCAAAGUUCAUGCUGAGAAGUAUGCCGAAGUGCAAAUCAAGUCGACAGCUUUGUCAAGAUUGUAUGAUCUCUACAACUGCAUUAAUUCGCAGGAGAGUGGAAUCAGCUAUAUAAAACGAGAUUCAGAUCAAAGAAACAAUUGCAUUCUAGGAUUCCAGCAGCUCGAAGUGAAACAACCUCAAUUCAAUUUGUUCAUCCGCAAGAUGGUUCAGGAGAACAAGUUGUGGCAUGGCUUAGGUGGUGCCAGAUCCCUCAAAAAACCGACAUGGGUAAUCUACGAGUUGUUGCGACAGAUCGGCGUCAGACCACAAAAGCAUUGUAGAGGUCCCAAGGAGCAUGAUCCCGAUCCAAAAGAUUUCAUGUACGCCACACGAUACAUCUUCUGCCGUGAUACCCUAGUGAAGAAUAGACAUCGCUUGGAAGUUGAUGGAAUUGCUAAGGGACGCCCCCGUGAUAUGAACAAAGUUUCAUCGGAUAACCAAAUUUCUAUCACCCAGCAUGGUGCAAAUCAGGGACGUGCUGAAGGUGCAGGCAAAAUGUCGAAUACUUUGAGCACGGUAUCCAUCAUGAGUGAAAAUCCAGUGAACGGUCCAAUGGAUGCAGCAAAGAGUUCAAUCGGAGCAUCGAAAGGGACAGUUCCAGGAACCAAUUUCAACAAUGUAGGAGCACUCAAAGAGGAAAGGCAACAGCCUCAUCUAUCAAGCAAAAUGUUGCAUGUUCCGUUUCAGCCUCCUUCGAUCCUUACAGCGUCUUCUUCGCUUGUUGGUCUGAAGGGCAGUGACCCAAAAGGCUUAGAUUUGGGGCAAAUCUCACGUGGACAGGAAUCCUUUUCAAGUUUACUCAAACGUGAUUUAACAAAUCCCAACAAAGGAGAGCAAGCUUUAUCUGCUCGAGCUCAGUAUGUUGCAGGUAAAAGCAAAGAAUCUUUGUCGAAGAAGGCUCAAGGUGGUUCUGCGGAGGAUUCUGAUGAUCCAAAUCUACAAGCAGCAUGCACAGCACUUCUAUCGCUCGCCUCAGAAGGGGUUGUAAAGAAGGAACGUGGAACAAACAAACGCUCGAGGUCCGAAAAAGGCGCUACCUCUCCAGCUAAAAGGUCGUUGACUGUUGACAAUGCUUCGGCCCCAGCACCGACCUCUGCUAAGUUGGACGCUGUUUCAGUAUCGCCACCAAAAGAGCAGCCAUCGCCAAAGGAAUUCUACAAUACUCCAACUGUGGUGAGAUCGGACGAUUCCUUGAUUCAUAUCUUUGCUCAAUCAAGGGCCAUUGUGUACGGAAGUGACUUUGUGGACGACGAACUGCGGUCGAGGUUGGACGAUGCUGUUCGCAUCGGAGAGAUCAAUCCCAACUCGGCAAAGCGGCUCCUCUGUCUCCACGAGCUCCUGGUCGAGGCGCAGCAUGAAAAGAUCGCAACUUUCAUCAAGUCGGAAGAUCCUGCAAAGAACUGUAUCCUCGGCUGGUCGAAGCUGGAAGUUCACGAUCCUUACGAGCUGAACUUGAAGGUCAAGAAGAUGGUGGACGAGGACAAGGGGGGGAUAUGGAAGAAAGCGAACGGCAAGUACAAUCAGCCAUUGAAGAACCCUACCUGGGGCGUGUACGAGCUCUUCCGAAAGAUCGGCUCGAAGCCUUGCUUGCGAGGACCCGCGGACAAGGAUCCGGGCAAGACCGACAUGUUCUAUUAUCGGGAGUGGGAGUUUCGAAACGAUGAAUCGUUCCAAAUCGCCAAGAAGCGAUUGAGCAAAGGCUUCUCACAGUGCCAGAAGAGGAAUGACAAGGAGGCUCAAGCUCCCCCGCGGCUCGAACCCUGA